UAUACCCAUAUUUUUCUCCCCAACUGUUUAGUGAGGCAAAACUGCUCCGCAUAGAUGAGAGUGAUGGGUCCUUCAAUCCCACUGAAGAAAAGAAGUCACUACGCUGUCGACCAGGAACUGUUGGCACCAGCAGCGAGUACCUAAAAACAUAUGCAAGGCGAGGCAAAACUGGAAGUUUUAGAGUUUUGAAAGGGAACUCAAUUGGACUCAACAUGCUGGGAAAUAGCAAGAAAUUGAGGCUUCUGCCUCUUCCAGGCAAUUUCCAGGACUAGCUGGGAUGCUCCUUCAUUUCCCCUCUGAUAGGACAUUAUAACACACAAGAACCACUUUGCACUACUUCAGAGCAAGUUUUCAUCAACUCUGCUCCCUCUCAGAUUCAGCCUGAGCUCUGGCCUCAAAAGAAUUGAGCACAAAUGCUGAUAUCUGUUUAUUUCGUGUUCCAGCAGCUCACCACCACUGCUGGUAUUCACUGACAAUACUCCUACUCUACUCUUUUUUAUUCAAGUUAUAACUGAAAGCAAUAACUAUAUGAAACACCAGCCACAGGAAGUUUGUAAUAUAGUUAAAUUGUUUCCAGUGAUGUCAGUUCCCAUCCACCCCAUAUGCAGGGAAGAGAUCACAAGACAUCCAGUCAAUAAAUAGCCAUCUUAUAUAAAGUCAAACCAAGCAUAACCUGAACCUCAGCCAUGUGUUGAUAUGCAGGAAGUUAUUGGUUAAUAAAUGGUAGUGUAGCCAUGCUGUGGUCUCAGGAUAUGAGUGAGAGGAAGAGGUGGGCAGGGCAGUAUCUCUUAUUGGACCAACUUCCAUUGGUAGAAGGGUUAAGCUUUUGAACUUCACAAACCUCUUUGUUAGGACUCUGUGGCGCUCAAAAGCUAGUCUCUUCUCUAAACAGAAGUUAGUCCAAUAAAAUAUAUUAUCUCACUUACCCUCUCUCACUCAUUUGUGGAAUCAACAUGGCUACACCGCCACUUGUGUCUCUCCUAAGUUAAUAAGACACUUCCAGUGACUCUUAUCACUGAGAGUCACUUCAGCUAGUGUGCAUCAUAGAAACAUGGAGUGAUCUUACAUCCAGUGCUGUCUGACCUUGUUUCCUCCCACUACACUGUACACUAAAGACUCUUAACGUGGAGAAAACAAAUCUGGAAAUGGUCAAACCAUUCUGUUCCUAGACAUACAGUUUCUAGCUGUGGGCAGUCUGAUUUGGAUCCUUGGACUGAAUAUAAAU